UCAUAAAGCUGUUUGUGCACGUGUGUGCAAACUGCAACCGCAGAUUUUAGUAUCACUCAAUUUUAAUAUCUGUUGACGGUGAUUUUACUGCACAUAAGCAGAAUGAUGGUCGUCGUGAUACUCCUUAUUUGUGUCGGCUCUUCGUUUGCUCUUCCUGUGAAACGCGCUGCAGGAGAUCAAACACCGAAAAUCUGGGAUGCGCUUACGCAGAUUCGAGGCCGAGACAGGCUUUCCGUGGAUGAUAUAAGGCAACUAUAUCUCAAUGCUAAAGCUGGCGAAGACUAUCCAAUCCUGAGUGAAAUCCCACCGGGAAAUUUUGAUUGUGGCGCCCGCAAGCAGCCUGGAUUUUAUGCCGAUGUCGACUCGAAAUGUCAAGUUAUUCGUCGAUGUGACAUGAACGGAAACCAAACUGCCUACCUCUGCCCCAACAUGACAAUCUUCAACCAGAUCACUCUGGUUUGCGAUUGGUUUUACAAUGUUGACUGCAGCCAAGCAGAGAAGUGGUAUGACUACAGCAAUAGCCGUUUGUACCAAGGCGCCGAUGUUCCGUUGCUUGAUAAUCAAAACGUAACCGCUGAGGAUUUGGGUGCCGUCAGUAAUGCUUCGCAACCAAGCAGCAAACCAGUGCCAUCCAAGCCCGGCAAAGUGACUACAGCGAAACCAGGCAAAGCGUCCACAGCGAAGCCAUCUAUCGGCGGACGCGUAUUGAUUCCCAGUGAGCCGUCGACUACAGCGAAACCGGCUGCCGUUAAUGCAGCAUCUCAGCCAGCUGCCGGCAAAGGAGCAACCAAGGCAGCCAAAGGCACUACCACUGCACCGACAACUGCCGCUGCUGUGACUGGUGAAGAGACAACCCCGGGUGAGCCCCAAGAAACAACCUCCGGCGCGGUUGCUGAAGAGAGUACAUCCGCCGCUCCAGGUGAAGGUCAAGAUACCUCCACAGCACCAGCUGACGACACAACGGCCGCUGAGGUGUCCGAAGAAAGCACAGCAGCAGGUGCCACUGGUAACGACACGACUGCUGCCGUUUCCGGGGAAGAAACUACAUCUGCUUCUGUUGGUGGAGAAGAAACCACCGCUGCAGCGGCUAUCAAUGAAACCUCCGCGGCCGCUGUUGGCGGAGAAGAAACAACUACCUCUGCCGAGGAAACUACGGCGGCUGCUAGUGAGGAAACGUCCACUGCCGCGGCUCCCGGUGAAGGAACAACCGCUUCUGACGAAGAAACUACAGCGGCUGCUGCGGGUGAACAGGAAACAUCUUCGGCUGCCAAAGAAACGACAGCUGCUGCUGCUGGUAGCAGCGAAGAGACCACAACCGCUGCUGAGUAAUCGAUAAAUGAGCCGGCCGACAUGGCGUUUAUAAAUGCCGAUAUUUUGAAUUUCAAGCUCAUUUUUUGCGUCAUGAGGCGCUUUCGAUGCUCCGCACACUGAUCCGUUUGGUAAUUUAUUCUGUGUUUAAGAUUAUCUUUUGUACGUUUUUUAUUUUGUAGUACGUCAAAAAAAACCAGAGAAGAUUCGAGCAGAAUUCCAGGCUAUAGGAAUACUGAGCAUAAUUUAUGGUGCGAAGAUUAA